UAAAUUAGAAAUUAACUGAUUUGUGUGAUAUUUGUUAUAAUUUCUAUAUCCUUGCAGUCAACCUGAUCAAAGUUCAAGUAAUCAGUUGACUAGAAUCUCAAAUUGUACCAUAGAUCGCUCGGAAUGGGUUUGGGUGCGCUUGCAAGAUCUUAACGAGGUAUAUGUUCAGGACAACCCAGGAUCAACAAGUCUACACUUGGAGAGGAUCAUUGUAAAAUCUGGUUACGAAUCAUCGGAAAUCUAUUACAAUCCAUUCCACGACAAGCGAUUUGCUGUGGACUUAAGUGGUAAAAUUUGGAACAGCUAUGGAGGGAAUUUAUUUGCCAACUCCUCGGGGUACGAUGCACCGUAUGGAGCACAACGAAUCGCAAAAAGUGAUAAAAUGGGACCAUUUCCGUACUUCACCAAGAGUCUUUCGUUGGGCGUUAUAAAGAGUAUUCCAGUUACAAAGGGGCCAAUUUUUGAUACAAUCGACAACAGAGAGGGAUCUUUUGUUUGGCAAUGGAGUUCGAGUGCCGCUACAGCUCCAGCAUUAUCAUCUUCCGGACAGUCACCCUUAUACAUAAGACAUUUAUACCAAAUGUCACCAGCAAUCACAGAGGCAAUAUGGAAAGUUAGUGACUACCCUCUACCGCAAUGGACUAGAAACAGACUCUCCGUUGUAAGUUCCUACACCGGCAAUUGGGAAUUUUCUAGCAACGGUAGCCCAAGUCCUGAUCUAGCCAAAUUUUCUGCUCCUAAGAUGACUUCGAAAAAAUUCCAAUACGGGACCUGUGAGAAGGAAACAGAACUUGCUGUGACUAAUGCAGAAGGAACCAAAAAAAGUGAUGCUACUGGAACAUCGAUUUUACAGAUUUUAGGAGCACUACCAAGUGCAGGCGGAGACGACAUUGAAACGAUUUGGUCAUACAAUACGGAUGCACUAGUAAUCGGGAUAAGCAAAGAUGGAAAAACCGUCAAAGCAACUGGGAAGGAUACUAAUAAAUGUGAAGUGACUCUUACAGAUGCGGUUGCAACAGCUGGGGGCCAGUUUGUUCUGUCUUUCACGUUUACUUAUGCAGCUGAUGUUAUAAAAACGGUUUACAUCCUUUCUGGCAACACAUUGGUGCAUACAUGUGCAAAACUUACAUGGUCAGCGGCAAAUCUUGACUUUGGUACACAUAAAACAAAAGUUUGCACAAGCUUUACAGGACAAAUCGGAGCACUGUACGUGUUCAACGCUGGAACUUCCUUCAAUGUUGAACAGAUAACAAACGGGUGGAUGGACCCAGAUGCUUAUCGCUCUACGUUCAUCUACAAUUUUCAAAAUACAGCAUUAGACAGCAUGGAUGGUGUAGCUUCUAAAACUGCGCCUGUUUCUCAUGCCGAUGCAGAAUCACCGGUUUUUGAAAACGAUGGAGUAACAGCUGGGCCCACCGUAGUGGAAGGUCUUGAUAAACUUUUCGAUGGAGAUGCCAGUAAUUGCUUGAAAGUGGAUGGGACUGCAUUCAUUCCUCCUUGGAUUCUUAUCUACCUCAACCGACCCGUCCUCAUAUCAGAGCUGAAACUCCAGUUGUCCACUGAAGCCGAUCAAAAGGCUAAACAAGAUGAUGUUACGGUUUAUGUGAACACUGUUAAAAUGACCGGCACUGUAACGGCCGAGGGACUGGGAACUUACAUAAACGGUGUGGCUGGACCUCUUGCGGAGUACGUAAACAUAACACAUACUUCUAUGACUCAACUUGUCGUCUGUUCCGUCACUGCUAAAAUUGCGUUUGCUUCCAAAUACACAUCGAACAUCAUAGCUGGUGGAGGAGCUAUGGUGCCUCUUUCGAACACGCAGGGUUUUAUGUGGGGCCAGCGGACUAGUUCUGUCGCCCUCUUGCAGAGUCCAAUAAGAUGUUAUUCUGUGUUCGGAGUGGACAAGGAUUAUAAGACCAUGGACCAAUACCUCAGAUACUGUGGAAGAGUUGUGGAUACAGCAACAUUGAGAACAGCUGCACAACGUAUCAACACCCUCAGAACAGACGAUACAGAAUGUUAUUUCAAAGCCCAAGAUAGCAAAGCAACACUUUACAGAGGAACUCUGAGCAAGACUGAGAACGGACUGACCUGUCAAAAGUGGACCUUAAAAACUCCUAAUAGCCAUAGCUAUACACCUGCGGACAAACCCCUCGCUGGACUAGGCGAUCAUAACUAUUGUCGAAACCCGUCGGAUAGCGACAAAGGGCCAUGGUGCUACAACAGCGGGGGUUCUUCUCCCCGUUACGAACAUUGCACCAUUCCUGAGUGUAAGAUCGUGGGGUAUACAGAACCCAUAAGGGUCGGUGAUGUGUUUACGUGCAACAUGUGGAACUUGCCCAAAACUGGCGCUGACACUCCGCUAUGUUCUUUCUAUGCAGGCAAUAACUUCCACUUGUCUCCUCUUCAUGUUAAGAUGAGCAGCAAUAAUAAUCUCUACAUCAUGAAAACUAAUUACCUGGGAGCGGAAACACAAGCUUUUACUGCAACACCCCCUUCAAAUUGGAUCCAUAACAGUGGACAGGUCAGCGUCGAGUUUCACAUCGAACACGACGGCUUCUCCAUAUACAUAAAUGAAGUCUUUAUAAAAUACAUGUUGAAUAGAGAAAUUCACUGGAACCAGGCAUCGAUAGUGGCAUGUCACACGUCUUGCAUUGAUGUCACCUGGAGACGAAGGGUAAACUAUGCAUUUAACAAGCCAACUAGACAAGUAUCCACCUUCAACGGGGGGCACUCUGGGUAUGCUGUAGAUGGAAUUGCUAAUACCACCGGAUUUUAUAGUUUGUGCACCACGACAGAGAACACCACAUCCCCUUGGUGGGAAGUCGACCUUCUGGUGCCUGUGAAGGUUGCAUAUGUUGACAUCUAUAUCAAGGAUUAUGAUCUGUUUAACGAGAGACUUGAAGUGUAUGUUGGAAAUCAAAAAUGUCCUGAAACUCUAACGUUUUCGAACUCAACUGCAAAGUACAGAAUCCACUGCGAUUACUUGGAAGGGUGUUCUGUAAAAGUUCAAUCCGUAUGGAAGAACAGGCUAAAUCUCUGUGAAGUACAGGUAUACGGUGAGAAAAUAGGCGAGUCGACAAAAUGCCAACCAUUAUCCAACACAGAUCUAGGGGCACCAAUGCAACAGGAAAAUUGCUAUUUUGAUCGACUAACUGGUAAAAAAUUGGCAACUAAAGGCACUCUCGAGUUCUCAAGCUUGACUGAUGCAGCCAGAGCUUGUCUACCAGCUUUCCGUAACUUACUGCUCCGGAAGCCUAUUUAUUUUGAUUCUGCUGGAGCUACAGCUACUCAGAAGAACAUGCACUUGUUAGUUGAUGGAAACAAGUGGAAAACAUUUACCGCUGCUGGAAAACUAUUGGAAUGCACUGCCAGUGAAAAAGUGGGGAACUAUAUUAUUCACAAGCUGGAAGGAAACUAUAACAUAUCUUAUAUUAUUCUUUAUGGGAGUUACGUUGCCAUAGAUGUCACGGUUAAGGCUGGUUCAACGGAAUGCACAAGUGGCACCAUCCCCUCUGUGUACAUACCAUACUACGUAUACUACUGUGAUCCCACUGUAACUGUUGCUGCAGUUACUGUCACAGCGGUUACCGAAAAAGGCAUUGAUCUCUGUGAGAUAGAAGCUUAUGACUUGACGAACCACGCCGCAAAGGGUACCGUCACUACACCGAAUGAUAAAGCAGAGAAAACAGACGAUACUAAAACAGACGAUACUAAAACAGAUGAUACUAAUAAAGAUAAACGAAGUGCCACAAUUUCGGAGACUUUAACUGUUGUCAUUGAUGAGGACCAAAGCACAUGUUUGAACUUGAAUACUUUGAAAAAGAGCAGCAAUUUGUUGAUCACGAUGGUGGACACGAUCAGAGUUUACCAAAUUAUCUUAUCAAGUGCUGGCAUUGACACCUCUAUGGACGGAACGAUGGUGUAUGCUGGAGAUUACCUCUGCGGUACAGUUCGAGUACAGGUGUCUGGUAUGGUGGAUCAUGUUAUCCAUUGUGGUGACACGGUAUCAAACACAGUCCACAUUGUCAAUCCUAAUUCGUAUAUUCUGUGUGAAGUUAGGAUCUUUGGUGACCCUCCUUGUGACGGCAUAGUAUACGAACCAGAAACCAAGAAGUAUGCGAUAUACACGGGCGAACUAGCUGAUGAUUCUACUGGAAGAUAUGCUUACAAGAAAACUUGUAGCAACUGUGACUUGAUCAUUAACAACCCGUAUGUUAUUGGUUUAGAUAGUCGGUUUUGGACAGACAAAUUGGCUCUGUCCUACGGAGACACCGUCACUGGCGACUUCGUCACUUCAAAAAACCUGGCAAUGAACACGGCAGGUUGGAGUGGAUAUUUGAUGUUUGCAAAGACCGGCAGUCGAGCUGCUACGGACGAUUUAUUCCGAUUUUUGUAUCAUGCUUCGAAAUCGGAGUGGGUUACAAUGUCUUUACACUCGAAUGUUCAAAAUAAGAAAGUGAUCACUACAGUUCCUGACGAUGUGAAGAACUGGAAGGAUUGGAGCAUGGAGACUCAGUUCACUGAGGACAAAUUCAUUUUCAAAAUAGGGACAGAAACUGUGUUUGAAAAAGAUUGGGCUAAUAUGAACAAUUUAAAACCGAACGACUUUAAAAUCUUUGGACACUGGCACAGGGCGCAUAGUGGAACAUGGAAACGACUUUCGAUAUGUCAAGGUACGUGUCCACUCCUGGAAGCAAGUAAGAUAAAAGGAACGACCACCUACUCUCGUGGUCCAAGAAGACAUUCUGUUUCACAAACUAAGUGCACAACAGCUUGUUACGAGCCUCAGGGUGGUUCAGCCAUUAAUAUGUGCAGUUUAGAAAACGUGUGGUUGCCCAGUUUGAGUCCUGCCUGCGUUCCACCAGACCUAUCCUGGCAUAUCAUUGCUACUGCAAGCGGUAAAUGCUGGUACCCUAAAACAAUUCCGGUUGUAGAGGAUACUGGAAUACAAGUUUCAAGUUCAGGAUGUAAUGAUGUGCAGGCACUGUUCCAAAUAACUGGAGGUUUCCUACGACAUAAAGCUACCAACUACUGCGUUGGAAUCGGUAAAGAUAAACUGCCGGCAACUCUUUCCAACGCACUAGAACUAAAGCUUAGUUCUGAUUGUUUGAUUCCUAUGGUGAGAGGCUUAAUUAAAAGCACUAUUGGCAUGGGCAACGUUAAGUACAGCGAAUGCAAACAAUGGGCUAACGCUGCAGAUACAGAGUUCACCUCAGUAAAGACCUCGACUUCGGAAACCGAUGCCAAUGGGGUUAUCAUGUUCGGGCGUUACAAAAACGUGGCUAGAACGGCGACGGCAACUCAAAUAGACAACCAUGACGCUGAAUUCGUAGCAUCAAACGCCAUCGACGGGGUUUAUUCAGGAACUCUUGAAAACAAGAAGAUUUCUCUUACAAAGACUGGUGGCAAAGAUGCAUGGUGGAAGUUAACGUUCACCUCGAAGAUGUACAUUAAAAAAAUAAUCAUCUACAACAGGGUAGAUUCCCCUGAAAACAUAGCAGGGUACAGGAUCCACGCUGAUGCAGAGCUAAUUGGGACCAUUGCAUAUGUCGCUGCGAAGACAUUCUACGAGUUUGACGACAUCAAGAAGUUUGCAACUGCUGUGUAUGUGAACGGGUCCACUUCUACAGAGCACCCGAUACAACUGGCUGAAGUUAAAGUUUAUGCUGCUGAGGAAGAUAACCCAGAAUACCUGUUCAACCCAAAAGAGAGGAUUAUCCUGUGGAACUCAGUGAACAAUAAAACCCUGAAGUUCGCCCAUGCUGCUGUGAGUUCCACAGCUAAGUGGGUUAAAAGAGAGAACCUUGUUGAUGUGCUGGAUGCAAAGUUUGUAACCACUGUGGCUGUUGAGGUUGCUACUGGUGAAGGAGCGCUAGAUUAUACGUAUGAUAACACAGUCUGGGCGCUCAAUGAUCCAGACUGUUCGGUGAAUGCAGUUCGUUCUAUCUACUUUGGUUGGGUAUUUUUGCCAUCCGUAAUAAUCGGUGUAAUUGGAGGAUCAGCGAAGCAGGUUACCAUAAUUUGGAGAGACGAACCUGGCAUGACCCCUUAUACAGCUACGGACUUUAAAAUAUACAACGAAGAAAAAAUUGCUAUUGUGGACGCGCCUGAUAAAGAGGAAAAAGACACAGAAAAAGGAACAAUUACAAUUGUAUUUUCUCUGAGUCUUACACCUGAUCUACAAAACAAGAAAGUCAUGAUCGGAGCAAAAGUCACGAAAGCUGGAGUAGACUCCAUAUACUACUCUACUGAAAUCGACAUCGGAACAAUUUCGAUAAAACAGGACACUUCUUAUGUGAUAGCAGAGAUCGGAAAGAAGACAGAAAUGAGGGCAACAGUAGUUUCAAGCAUCAAAGAUAUUAAUUCUACCUGGUACAAGUUCAAUCCAACUACUAAAAUCGAGGAUAAGGACAGGGUAACUUCGUUCGUGGGAGGUGAUGGUACAAUCAGCACGCUAAGCUUCCCAAAAGUUGCAACAGAGGAUUUGGGUCUUUAUCAGCUGAAAGUUGAUCUGGAAGGAGAAAGGAUAGAGUCAGACCCCAUAGCUCUUCGCAUCGUUGAGUUCAUGGGAACAACAGCUGGGUGUGGAAAAGUAGGAGAAGACACUUCCGUUACAGUUACAAUGCUUGCUCAGUACCUGCCUAGUCCUGUGGUGCUCACUUGGCAGGAUAACGCUACCAAGUUGGAGGUUCCAGAAGCGAAACACACACUAACAGUUCAAAACACCUUCGAACUAAAAACUACCUCUCACGCCGUGGUCGGUGUCCCAAAGUGUUUUCUGCCGGGUAUUAAGACCAUGUCGGCGUACACUCUCAAGAGUGCACAGGCUGCCAAUCCCAACAAGUGCUUGAACUUGUGUCGAGCAGAAAAUCCAACAAGUAGCGAUCCAGACCAGUGUGCUCUCAAGAAACUGGGUUGCUACGCAGAGACCUCGCUGAGCGCCACAAUAGCCAAUCUGGGCCAGCAAAGCUACAAAACAGCGCUGGCCUGGUGCAGAAAUGAAGUUGCUAAGAAAGGUUGGACAGUGUUUGCCAUUAUGGCACACACUUCCAGUACAACUGACAGAUAUUGCCUCUCCGCUGCAGACGCCAGCACAAAAUACAAAACUAACGGAAAGUCAAACACUUGUGCAUCUGAUGGAUUAGGUGGUAAAUUAGGCAUGGAAGUCUACGAAUCCAAAUGCAAGUGUGCGGGAGUGGAGUUCAGUCUAUCAAGUAAGACUUGCUGGAUGAAAGGGGCUCUUUGGGUUGCACCAACUUACAUGGCUGAUAGAACCUCUGCUAAAGUACACUGUACAUCUAAGGUAUAUCUGGGAUCCUCUCUGAUCAGUACCACCACGAGCACUGAUAUCUACUUCACAUAUGAUCUGGAGAAUAAUCCUAAAAAUGCUGGCAGCAUCUACAUUGAGCAGAGCGAUAGCAAAAAGGAACUGCAAAUAGCGGAGGUAUUCGUUGGAGGUACGUUCUGGACCCAGACUAUGACAGCUGCAGCAACUCUAGAUAAGAUUACACUUAAUGAUGAUGGAAGGGGGCUCUAUGUUGUUGCUAAGUCUAAUGAAAGCACAGCGUCAUACGACUCACCCCCAGCUAAAGUCGCCAUCUUAGAAACACCCCCAGCUAAAGUCGCCAUCUUAGGUAUCAGCUACUGUAUCUUAGUUCUUAUGUAUCAGUUUAUUCCACAAUUUUAG